AUGGAAGCGCCCAGCUGGAGCAGCAAUUGGAACUGUAAGGAUAGCUGCUGGGCUGGUGAAACCCGCGGAGACAACUACGUACUGUCGGCUGUGCCUGGCCAGGAGAACCUGGUGGAGCUGGUGUCCGCUGGAAGUGGCAUUAGCCCUGGAGGACGGCUGGAUCAGCUCAUCGAGCUGAUCUUUGAGUGCACCAACGUUAGGCUUUCGCCCGAUGCCGAACCGGGCUGUGCCAUCUGCCGGGGCUGCCAGGGUGCGCUGGCCGAGUUCCAGCGCUUCCGAUCCCAAGCCAAACGGGUCGACGAGCUGAUCAAGUCGAAGGCCGGCUCACGAGGAUCCCCAGCAACAACCCUUCCAACAAGUGCGCUGGACGCCGCCGUUACAGCCGGAACAACUGAUAAGACUGAAGAGAGUGAGGAGGUGAAACAGCAAUUACAAGACCAAAAACUAGCAGACCAACCCGUCGAUAAGAGUAAGGAGGUGGUCAACGUGGACCGGAAGCGAGCUCCGGUGGAGUUCCUCGCCGUAGCUACGACCAAGCGACCGCGGCUGGUUCCGACGGCCGUCCUGAUCGCAACGAGCACCGGCGGCAAGCACAAGUGUCGCUACUGCCCAAAGUCGUUCAAAACGCCGACCGGCUUGACGGAGCAUACCCGGGCCAACCACAACCGCCAGCAUCAGUGCUCGAACUGUCUGGAACAGUUCCAGCACGCUCCGUCGCUGGCGCGCCACAUCCGCAACCGGACCUGCUACACGUUCACCAAGUAUCGCUGCCGGGUUUGUACCGAGAGCUUCCUCGAGCAGGCCCACUGGGCGGAACACAUCAAGCUUCACGCCGAGGACUUCCCGUACCAAUGCCAGGAGUGCCUGUCGCAGUUCAAGCACAAGGCCACCCUGCGCCGUCACGUCAACACGGUCCACCUGCUGCAGUAUUAGAAACUAAGUCGAUUGAUCGGUCGAUCGAGCACAAAAACACGGAUUGCAAUUUUAACCUUUUAAUUUAACUUAUUUGAUGUGAUCGUGCAAGAGAUAGAUGAUUUUAUGUUUAUGGUAACCUUAAUAUACCCCAACCGCCCCUUAAAUGAUCCGUUCUAAAUUAAUGUAGUGAAAUAAAUUUUACACAAAUUAAAACAUUACCAAAAGUCGAAGUGUGAUGGUUUGUGAUAAGGAAAAAA